GUGAAUAAUCAACCAAGCCAAACAAAAGACUUGUCUACAAUGGCUUCAAUGCAAUUGCAGAAGCCAGUUGACCACACCAAAAACUUCCCUCAACAUGGCCAUGUCCCAACCAAUGCCCAGAAUAAAUGUAACACCUGCGGCUAUCAAAAACCGGUUGACCACAACAAAAACAACCCUCAAAAUGGUCAUGCCCUUGCCCAGAACAAGUGUAACAACACCUGCUCCUGCUGCCAGCGUAAAGAAAACGAACACUCUUUUACCAACAAAGUGAAAGAGAUGGCAAAUUCGGCUUACAAAAAGGUGGCUGACCAGAUGCACCACCAUGAUCAACACAGCAAUGGGCAUCGGCCGAUUACUGGGCCAAAACAGGCAUGCCAUGGCUCUGGAGGAGUGACCGAGGGGAAAAAGAAAGAAGGGAGCAUGACCAACUGCAUACCUAGAAUUGGUGAUCAUAAGAGGAGAGAGAAAAUCCCUAAAAAGAAGGGAAACAACUGUAAGUGUAAAGAUGGAAGUGGAAGCAGAAGCAGAAGCAGAAGCAGCAGCAGUGACAGUGAAAGCGACAAUGAUGCUCACAUGAAACGUAACUAGAGGAUCAAGGGGAGGAGCACUUGCGGACACAUCUAAGAAAAUGGAUGACUGAUCUAGCUAUGAAUAUAUAUAUAUAUAUAUAUAUAUAUAUAUAUAUAUCCUACAUUCAAUAAACUACAACUUGUGGUGUGGAGCUUUAUUGAAAUUGGUGUGUAAGAACUACAACUAUUUUUCCUUUUGUGUGUUGUUUUCUAAUAAAUGAUAUCAAUUCAAGGAUUUUGUAAGAAUAUGUAGAAUGCCAUAGCUCUUUUACAAGCUUUCGCUUGAAAGACACCAAAAACCUCAAGAUGAGUAAACCAUGGGGAAGGGAAGUGAGGUUUGCCACUAGCUAAUUGAUGCGCUCAAUUACUAGGUAACUCACAAGUGCAUGAUUCAUACGCCGGGGGUUCUAGAUUAGUCAUCUACAAACUAUGAGGAUAGCUUAUCUGUUGUAGGAUUUCAGGUCGAAAGGAAAAAAAUGACAACUUAUUUGAGAGUGUGAUGGUGUGAUUCCUAUAAGAACAAUCAUGAAGUGGUAAAUUUGAUAGUUU